GUAAAUCUCUUCUCAUUCACAUCCAAACCACCUUCCACACAUCCACCCCUCUUUCACCCAUCCGCCUAUAUCCACCAUGUUGUUCGUCGAUAAUAUCGUUGGCUGGGCGAGUUUAGUCGUUGGUAUCGCAGGCUUGAUUAACCCACACGAGGUCCCCAACGCCAAAAUCCGCGUGCGAUUUCAAUCCGCCAAGAACGGCCAAAGUGGCUUGGAAGCCGCAGAUAGUCAUCUCCCAGCCAUGACGCUCAAGGAUACCAGCGGCAAGCACCUGGGAGGCUAUACCCAGGACUACAAUGGCCCAAAGAAGCUCGGUGCCACCCAGAGAUCCUUGACCUUGGCCAUACCUGCCACCAACAACAUCCUGUCGUUUAGGGCUGCCUUGAACACCUCGCAUGACUCGUACGAUUUGGAGUACUUUGUCAUUUCCGACGUCAACGGUACAAUCAUUGACGAUGGUACUGGUAUCUAGAUGAUGAAGAAGUAGGUCAGGGUCUUUUUUUUUUUUUUU